UCUGGGGGCCAGGUCCAGGUAACUUGACGUUACACUCGACGGCGUCUGGCCCCCGCAGUUUGUUCUUUUCCUGGCCUUUCUCCCCGUCUCGCCAGUUCUGGUUGCAAUCCGCUUGGAAAGACGUCUGUCCGCUCCUUGCUUUCCUCCCCUUCCCCUUCCCCUUCCGCUUCCUCUUCUCUCCACGCAACUUCCUUCCUUUGAACUUGUGUCCCCAUCACGCUCCUUCGUUGACGGGAUAUCCUUCGAGAGUGAGAGCCUCAUCUUAGAUCAGGUGCCCCUGUCUGGACUCGAGAAGCGGAUUUCAUCCCACCACAUUCAUUUCCCUCAUUUGGUUAUGCACCAUCACUCCAGUCCUUCUUUUCCAACAGCAACAGCAACAGCAGCCUGUCUAGGGAGGAAGACACUCCUUGCUUACAACAGUACAUCGAAAAGGGACGAGUUGGACGCAUAAAGAACUCGAGUUUCCAAACAUAUCCACAAAGACGAUAAAGGACUGGAUCCACGACGCACCCCAGGCUGUACAGAACAAUACACUCUACCUAGCAGCAUUUUGCAUCACACACAUACAACGACCCGUUCUCCCGGAUUGAUUCCGUGUUUGCAUUUCUUUCGCAAAUCCCGAUCUUCCUUGUGAUUGCUUGACAUCAUAUCAGAGGUCGCGGACACCAGAUUUGGAACCUUCCGUCUCAUUUUCACCUAUUUCUGCACUCUCGAUCAGGCAUCGUUGUAUCCGGCUUCACUUUUCGAUCACCGGUACCCUUCACGCGGUUCCAGGCAGUCAUCUGAGCUUGAACAGAGACCGACACCCCAGAGAGGCAAACGUCACACCUUUCGCCCACCACCUGUCGGAUAAGCUACACUGGAGUUCUUCUUCCUUCAGUGUUAACAACUUAAUCUUUAUUUGGUUUGACCUUGCCUUCCGUUUUCCACGAAGACCUCUCCAACGUCCGAGAUACAUCACCCAAUAUCUCACCCUCCCCUCGGGAACUUGCUACUGCAGAGAUUCCGUGAAAGAAGGACUCGAUAUUCACCCGCAUCUCAGCACCACCUCUUACGUUUUCACGUCUGCAAUUUCAACCAGUAUUCGACAUGUCUUCGUCCCUCUCACGGGCAUUCACGACCCGGCGGAUCAGGCAGUUUUCGCAGUCGUCGGAGCCCGACCACCCGAUCCAGCCACGGAGCAACCUCCAGAAAGUGUCGAUGACUUCCUUGCGCCACAAGAUUUCGGCCCCUGUCAAGCUCGUACACACCACCAACGUGUUGGCAUACAAUGCGCCGGAUCUUCACCCCCAGUCUGCCACUUCAACCAAAUCGUCAUUCCUGAAAUCCGACGAUGACUUGUCCGACAGCGCGCAUACUCGCACUUCAUCUCCCCCCACCAGCCCCGAUAUCGACGAGGCCCCCGAUCGGGGCCUGUCUCUAGAGCCGAACCACCUUUCCUGCUACUUCACUGCCGACAAGUUGACGACAUCUCCCGUUACCACUCACCAGCCGUCACCGCUGGCUGAGGCUCCUCUCGUUCCCACGCGCGCGCCUUCCCACACCAAGAAGUCCUACGAUUCUCGAGUACGUGAACAGUCAGUCGCCGGACGUAGCUCAGCACAAUCGCAACGCACCAUUUCGACAAAGGCCAGCUUCAAUUUUUCUCAACCGCGGUCAAGGAGCACCUCUGUAUCAUCAGUCAGCACCCCCUCGUCUCCUUCGUCCUACCAAAAGAAGAGGCCGCAAGUCUCGGUCCCUCCCUCGGUCAGCCACUCGAUUCCCUCUGCUACAGCUUCCCCUGCUUCUCCGCCGAGGCAAAGACACGAAACCGAGUCACCAGCCCGCAGUCACAGGACAGAGUUCUCGCAUUCUCACCACCCCUUCGGGCAGGAAUUGGCCCAGGUAACGGAGAUCGCUGAGGAGUACGGUGUGAAGGAGAAGCUGAACGAGUCCGCUGCGGAGGAACAGGAGAUGGCGGCCACGGGACUGUGCAAGUUCAUCGCCGAGGAUUACCUAAAGGAGAUUCGGGGAUUCUUUGUUACUUUCUACGGCGUCGAGCCUGUUGAGCCUUGUCCUCCGGCUGCGACCCCGGCUAGUGCGUGGAUUUGAUGUGCUUAUUGAAGCACGUCGAUCGAUUUCAGCUUGCGAUUUUACGACUGUCCAAGCUACUUGGUAUAGGGCAGCCUUCCACUGGACAUGUACGAUUCUGGGGUGUUAUCACGAGGUCGACCUGAACCAGAAAAGAGGCGUCGAACAACGAUGGACGUCCCCAGCUAUUGCCUGGGUCGGGUCUCGGAUCAGCCUCAUAUACCUUUGAACAGUGUCCCUUGAGCCUGAAAUACGAGGGAUUGUUCAUCAAACUUGUUGUUACUCUGUCAACAACCGUUACCCACGAGGGCUUCUGAAGGCGACGAUGGAUGUAUGCAUGGAAAACGGCGAAAUGGCCAUGGAAGGGAAGAUGCUAUGUUAUGCUAUUAUUCCUUUCUCUUUUUUCUUUUCUUUUUUUUUUGUUGUUGUAUUUUUUUUCCUUUGGUUUACAUUAUGUUGGGGGAUGGGUUGGCGGUUCGGUGGUUCAGUUUGGUUUGAUGUUUGAUACCUCUUUGCUCGUGCGCCAUACAGUUGAUCUUGAGGCGUGGGGAAUGUUCUAUUCUUUCUUUGUUUUUUCUUCUUCUUUCCAAAUUUUUGUUAUCUUGGUUACCGAACCAAUGUCACACUAUACUAUGUAUGGGUGUAACGUGUGGAAUCGAAAGCACGGGAGAUACACACGCAUAUACUGCACUCUAAUUCACAGACCGUUAUCUACUGCUCUUUGCGUCAUAUUGUACUUCAGAUGUUUUAAUAGUAAACUCUUAUGCAUAACAAAAGUCCUGGUCUGAGUCGGUUGAGCGACAACUGUUUCACAGCUACUAGCCAGAUAGCCAUAUGUAG